CAACCACAAGUUCUUCGAGUCGGCUAUACUUUGAAUUACAAAUUUGGAUCUGAAGUGAAUCACAGUGAGAAGAUCGGAGGAUCCAACAAGUUUUAAUGGAUCAGCAAGCAGCACCACCACUCCCUCCUCACGUGCUCGUCUUCCCGUUGCCGAUUCAAGGCCACGUGAACUCCAUGCUCAAGCUGGCCGAGCUUCUCUGUCUUGGCAAGCUACAUGUGACCAUGCUCGUCUCCGAGUAUAGCCACAGCUGCCUCCUCCGCCACAGCCAUGUCCAUUCCCACUUCGCUCGCUAUCCCGGAUUUUGUUUCAGGACAAUUCCGGAUGGCCUGCCUGACGAUCAUCCGCGUGCCGGUGAGAGAGUUAUGGAGAUUCUUCCUUCUCUUAAGUCCGUCACAGGGCCACUAUUCAGAGAGAUGAUGAUUGGCACCGAUCUCUUGGGUACUGGAACAAGGCGGCCUGUGACAUGCAUCAUAGCAGACGGGAUCCUGGGUUUUGCUGGUGAUUUUGCUAUCGAGAGAGAAAUUCCACUUAUUUAUUUUCGCACUAUCAGUGCUUGCUCAUUUUGGGCUUAUUUUUGUUUGCCUCAACUCAUUGAAGCUGAUGAAAUUCCCUUGAAAGGAAAUGGCAUGGACCUACCGGUAAAGAGCGUACCAGGCAUGGAGGGUUUUCUCCGGCGACGUGACCUUCCGAGUUUUUGUCGUGUUGACGAAGUUAAUGAUUUGCAAUUACAACUCAUCACCGCUGAGACAAGACAAAGCCAACGAGCCCAAGCACUAAUAAAGAACACAUUUGAUGACCUAGAAGGACCCAUACUCUCUCAAAUACGUACUCAUUGUCCCAACCUCUUCCCCAUCGGACCACUUCAUGCGCACCUAAAAGCUAGACUUGCAGCAGAUACCAACUCUUCCUCAAUCUAUUCGAGUAGUUUCUGGGAGGAAGAUCGAAGUUGUGUGACAUGGCUCGAUUCGCAACCGUCCAAAUCUGUUAUCUACGUGAGCUUUGGAAGUCUCACUAUUGUGACAAAACACCAACUCAUGGAGUUUUGGUAUGGUCUGGUGAAUAGUGGGCAGCGGUUCUUGUGGGUCAUGCGGCCGGACUCCAUUGCCGAAAAAGAUGAGGAGAGUCAGAUUCCGGUGGAGCUUGUGGAGGGCACGAGGAAGAGGGGGUACAUGGUGGAAUGGGCCCCACAAGAGGAGGUUCUGGCCCACUCAGCUGUUGGUGGGUUUUUGACCCACAGUGGGUGGAACUCCACUUUGGAGAGCAUGGUCACGGGUGUGCCAAUGAUUUGUUGGCCUUACAUUGCAGACCAAACAAUUAAUAGUAGGUUUGUUGGUGAAGUUUGGAAACUUGGUUUGGACAUGAAAGAUACUUGUGACCGAGUUGUAAUUGAGAAGAUGGUCAGAGAUUUGAUGGAUGUUAAAAAAGAUGAGUUUCAAGAACGAGCGAAUCAUAUGGCAAGGUUGGCGAAACAAGCUGUAAGUGAAGGUGGGUCGUCCUACUGUAAUUUGGAUAAUCUGAUUAAUUACAUAAAAUCAAUGAUUGUGUAAUCAAGGUGGGAGUAAAUCUUAUGUGAUCAAUUGGAAUAAAUCUAAGUAGUAUAUAUUUAGUUUUUAAAUAUAUAUCAUUUAA